AAAACAACAACGUCUAAUUACAUAACGUGGCCUAUCAAACGUCACAGCGAUGCAGUUGCAACAAUACAGGAAGAUCCAUUUUUGCUAUUGUUUUUAUUUCCUGAAGUGAACGGCUUUGAAGUGGAAGCAAAGGUUUGACAGUUCUUACAUGCUUAUAGGCUGAACGCUCCUGAAGUCCCGCCAUGACGCACUGGUUUCAUCGGAAUCCCCUGAAAGCCACCGCGCCUGUCUCCUUCAACUUCUAUGGAGUGGCUUCGAGUCCGGCGGCAAAUAAGAUCUGCAAUGACUUGAAGAUGGCACGAGCACGACUUCUGGAGAUGUUCACGGAUCUGACCUGUACCCCCGAAAUAAUGAAAAACGCCACGGAUGCCUACUUUUCCCUUCUGCAAGGCUUCAUCGUGUCCCUGGAUGGAACCACUCAAGAGAACAAGAUGCGCUUCUUUCAGAACUUCAAAUGGACAGACACUUUGCAAGGAAACGCACCCAGUGCUCAGCAGGACGCGGUGUUUGAGCUGGCCUCCAUGGCCUUUAACGUGGCCUUGUGGUACACCAAGUUUGCCUCCAGACUAGCUGGGAAAGAAAACGUAACAGAAGCCGAAGCAAAAGAGGUCCACAAAAGCCUGAAAACUGCAGCCGGGAUUUUCAAACACCUCAAGGAGGCCUACAUUCCACGCCUCAUCACUCCAGCGGAGAAGGGCAGAGAUCUGGAGGCCCGAGUCAUCGACACCUUCAUCGUGCAGUGCCAGGCCGAGGCGCAGGAGGUCACCAUUGCCAGGGCUAUUGAGCUGAAGCACAACGCCAGCCUGAUCGCAGCCUUGUCUUUUGAGACUGCAAACUUCUAUCAGAAGGCCGACCACACCCUGAACACCCUGGAGCCGGACUACAGCAGCAAGUGGAGGAAGUACCUGCAGCUGAAGCAGCACUUCUACAUGGCCUACGCGUACUGCUACCAUGGACAGACUCUGCUGGCCAGCGAUAAGUGUGGAGAAGCCAUCCGCUCCCUACAGGAGGCCGAGAAAUGUUACUCGCGGGCAGAGGCUCUGUGUAAGGAGUACAGACAGACGAAGGGUCCUGGCAGCACAGCCAAGCCCUCAGAGCAGCUCUUCUUCCUCAAACUGGGCGCUCUGAUCAAGAACACGCUGGAGAAGUGCCAGAGGGAGAACGGCUUCAUAUAUUUCCACAAGGUCCCAGCUGAGGCUCCCCAACUUGAGCUGAAGGCCAGCUACGGGCUCGCUGAACCUGUCCCAUUCGAGUUCCCCCCCCUGAGUGAUCAGUGCUCCCCCCAGGUCUACGCCACCUUCGACCUCACCAAGGGGCCCAAGGACGAAAAGGCCAAACCCAAACAGGAAGAGGAAGUGAAGCCGGUGAAGGAGCCGGACCUGAAGCCGCAGAAGGACACGGGCUGUGUCAUUUCCUAAACCGGGCCUAAACCAGGCCUAAACCAGGCCCAACGAGGUUACCUGCAUACCGCAAAAACGAAUUUCACAUUCAUGUGGUUUAGACAUUCAUGUGGUUUAGAUUUUUUUAAAAUCUUGAUAUAAGCCUUCAUUUUGUUUUUUGUACAAUUGAUUUGACAAAGAAAAAAUCUAAAGUGUAGAUUCAUGAGAUGUCAAAGAUGAUUGAUGUCAUUGUGGAACAGUUCUUAGAAUCGACUAAUAUUUCUGGGUCUGUCGGUGAACAGCAGUCACACCCCAGAUUCGGGACACGUCCACUGGGUCAUGGGUCACAGAAGGGGCUAAUCCUAACUGCACAGAUAAAUCAAGUCAUUUGGCAAUCAGUACAGGUUACAGCAAAAAUCAGAUGGUUUGACUAACUUGAUCAUCAUUUUACUUUAAAAAAAAAAAAAGAUGUAGAAGGAUUUAGGUGUUUCUUUCUUUCUUCAGUUUAGAUUAUUAUAAUCUUGGCCCUUGGCUAUAUAUUUUGCUUUACAUAAGUACUUUAAGUUUUGAGUUUCUUCCUAAUCUUGGUGUACUUUUCUGAGAUUGUUUAGUUUAUUUUUUCAACAAUUAAUUUAGGGGCUCCUGUAUUUGAGCCAUUUUUCACGGUAGAAUUGUUUAUUUAUUAUUCUUAUGCAAACAUUUUUGUUUUUAAUUAUGCAACCAUUUAUGACCAGCUGCAGUGCUCUGUGUUAGGGAGGGCUUUCUGAGAACAGCGCUGAUUUUGAGUGAUUGAAACCUGUUUUGAUGGCAGCAGUCAUUGUGAGUGAAGCUGAAAUGCUGAAAGUCCAGACCCCCCCGCCCCCCCACCAGACCCCCUCAGCAGGCUGCAUGAUAUUCAUAUCACUACUUUUCAUGCUGUAGGUUUAAGGGGACUAUGUGCUGUAAAAAAGAAACAUUUUUUUUUUCCAACAAGUUUUCCGUUAAGUGGAAAGUUUAUCCACAAUCUUUAAAGAGUCGACUCCUGGACAUCGUGUAAAGGUGAGAGAGCCUGCCGAUUUGGAGGGCAGCAAUUGGUUGCCGAGGCCAAACGUGUCACAGUGGAGGUGGUUCUGGCAGAACACUGUGGAUGGAGUCACUUUUUAUUAGCUGCUGGGAACUUGUGUGCUUUGUGAUGUCAUCUGUAUGAAAUUAUACCAAUUCUGAACAUUAUCCAGUCAAAGCACUCCAAAAUAGUUAUAAUUAUACUGUGAUAUUCCAGGAUUAUGCUCCUUGUGCUGAAUAUUGAAUGUUUUCCCUUUGAACUGCUGACAUCCUGUGGGUUUACGCAUUAUACAGCACCAACCCAAGGCCUGCCAGUCCCUACAUUAUGGAAACAGGCCAGUUUAUCGCAAUUAAUAUGUUGUCAUAACCAUAGGUUUUUAGUAUCAUGGUAAUUCUGCGUACACACUGUUUAUGUUUUGAUAUAUGAAGUCAUCGAUGCCCUAUGUUGAUAAGUGUUAGAAGUUCAGCGUUGAGUCCAUUUUUGGACAGAAAUUGAAGUCAAAUCAAAAGAAUUCACAUCUGGUGGAAAAAAAGCCUUACCCAACAUCUUUACAGUGUUAAAUAGCAGUACUUUUGUGUAACAUGUUAAAUAAAAAUUAUAAUAGCCCCUCUAAUUUGAAAAAUAUAUAUGUAUAGAAAUAAUAAUCGUAUUAAUCUACUCAAGAGUUUUAUCUUGGGAGUCACAAAUUUCCUUUUCUCAGAGUUUUAGUGCAUUACCCAAAAUCAUGCCCUUGGCCAAGUUUAAACUGUCUGAUGAUUAUUAUAAUGACCAUAAGAAUAUGUAGGAAACACAUUUUUAAAAACAAAGACCAACUGGGUUCACUGUCAGUCGGUAUUUGACCAAUCACUCCUUUUUUUUUGUAACCAUUACUACCAACUGAAUAUGAACAGAGUAUGCUGUAUUACAAUGCUGUAUGUAAUAAAAAAACAAGAAGUAUCAUAAAA